AUGCGUCAAUAUAAGAGGAAGAGAAUUGGAACAUCUUCAUCCAAUCCAGAUGCUAGAAAAAAUAUUGAGAGCUUAACUGCUGCUAGAAAAAGAGGUACUGCAACACUUCAAAGUAUCAGUGGACAAUCAUGCAUCAUUCAAUCUAGUGGGCAACUUGAAGUGUCUAAUAGAGAGAUAAAGCAAAUCAUUGCAAAAAUUGUGAACGCCAACAUAACAGAUUGGUCAAGCCGGCUUGAUGAUGUUCUAUGGGCCUAUCACACCACAUUCAAGACUCUUAUAGGUAUGCUCCCCUACCAAGUAUAUGGGAAGUCAUGCCAUUUGCGGGUAGAGCUAGAGCACAAGGCCAUGUGGGCUCUAAAGAAGUUGAAUUGGGAUUGGGGUGCUGCAUCGAUCCGAAGAUUGACUGACAUGAAUGAGCUUGAUGAUUUUUGCCUUAAAGCUUAUGAAAGUUCAGCCUUGUUGCACUUGUUUCCUGGCAAGCUCAAGUCCAAAUGGACCGGGCCAUUUAGGGUCACACAAGUAUUCCCACAUGGAGCGGUAGAACUCGAGAACAAAGAGGGAACAAGGUUCAAAGUGAAUGGGCAGAGGAUCAAAGUCUACAUGGGGAAAUCGAAGAGUGUGCAAGAAGUGAUUGAGGCCUACUAUGUUAAAGAAGUAUGA